UCAGACCUAAUCUUCAACAAUGCAAGCAACAAUUCCUUCAACAAAGUCCUCGGAGAACUAAAAAGAAGCACGUUAUCCAUACCAAACAGACUCCGCUCUAUCAAGCAAGAUGCAAAUUUUGUAUCCGAGGUAGCUGCAGCAUAUGGAUUACCUCUAGUAGCCAAUGAGAGAUGCGGAAGCUGGUAUAUCUCGCCAGAACAGAAGAAACAGAGUGCUUAUUUCAAGAGCACGGACGGACAUAUGGCACAGUGGAGUUUCAGUCUGAGGAGAUUGAAUCUGCAGGUUUUGGAAACGAUAGGGAAGUUUGAUGGAUGCAUCAUUGUCGAUUCUACACGGCGAGGCAAAAGCAUGCCUGAUGCUUUGUCGAAGACGAUACCCAUUUGGACAGCAGUUAUGAACCGUGUCCUGUUUCCCGAACAACCAGAGAGUCAUGGAGUAGCCACGCCACCAACAGUAGUAGGGGCUUCAGAACACGCCCAGAUCGCCACGCGUAUACCGGGUUUCGUUGAGUCGCUCAAGACAUUAGAUCUUGACCUUUCAAUCGUUCGGCAGAAACUUACCAAACCAUUACGGCCUAUCUGGGUGACACCGACGUCUUCUCUUCCAGAAUCUCCUCCAAACUUCUCUUCAUUUCAUCCAGUGGUAUUGCUUACAGCGUCCUCCCGCGUUUCUGGCUCAGAGUCGACAUCAGAGACUGGAUACGUUCAGGGCGCAGCGGACGAUGCUGAAGCAUGGGCUCAUGGGCUGACAGCCCCUCUCUUCUGGCAACACAGUGAAACCUUGCUGUCCACACCGGAAGACAUGAUUGAAGAAGUGAUUGCAGGUUUGGUUGCUCAGGGCGUUGGCAACAAAGGUGCGAGGCUCACAGAGAUCGGGCCUGAAAAGCGAGUUGCGAUCGGCACAAUCGAUGCGGCGGAGACAGAUGCAAAGCAAACAGACAUUGUGAUCACAGUAUCGCCCAAAGACAACGAAGUCUUGCGAUUAAUGCUGAAAUCGCAAUACUUGCCCCUCAGUCUUGCAGACGGGAAAGUAGGGAGUCGACAACUACGACACAGCUUACCCAACCUCAUCACCUUGAUAAAAGCACAACUUGCUGCAUCUCCAACAUCUCGUAUCGUGGUUGCAGAUGUCAAUGGCAAGGAUCAAGGAGUGGGUGUUGCAUUGGCGAUCUUGUGCUUGUUCAUCACUGAUGACGGAACAAUAAGACCAAGCGAGGAGGUCAAGGAGCCACCGAAUGGGCUUAACAAGCAGAACAUCAAACAGAAACUCAGUUGGAUCUCGGUAGCUAAGCCGGAUGCUAACCCCAGUCGGACGACUUUGCAGAGUGUUAAUGCUUUUCUGCUU